GUUUUUAGUUGUAUUUGUAAAAAUUUUAUUCUACAGAUAUAGAAAAUGAAGAUUUUAAAUUUUCUUUCGAUUUUAUGUUUUUUUACUCUAAAUUGCCUGUGCCGCAUGGAUGACAAGUCCGGCGGCUUGUUAGGCAAAAUGUAUCAAAAAGUGCCAAAAUUUUUGGAAUCAACCAGAAGAAGAGGUUAUGAUAGGAAUAAAGGUGCCUCUGUGAGAGCCAGGAGAUCCAGGCUGAACGAGGACGACUCAUCAAUGGAUGAAAUGCACUCGAAAAAAUACGGAAACGAUUUCAAAAACUAUCAAUUUAUGAGCACAAUGAACAAUUUUAGAGACAAACAAGACUUUAAUAAUUUUUUCCAGACUAAUCAUCGCACAUACGCUAGCUACAUCAAGCGCAACGAAGGUGACGGUACUUGCCCUUUAGCACACGGAGCACCUGGCCAAGUUGGUCAAUCCUGUAAAUUUGCUUAUCCAAAUGGAACAAAUUCUUCAAACGGGUUCGACGGUUCUGAAGCCUCGUGUCCAUUUAAACAAGAUUCUCAAACUUCAGCCUCUGUAGUCACACCUGCAGCUGCUCAUGCAUGGGAUGCUGAUAAAAAUCCCGAACAUGCUACUGCAGACCAGACAAAAGCGCAUGACGAACUAAAAUCUGAGCUCGAAGACGUCAAAAACCAACAGAAGGAGUUGGAAGAGAAAGUAAACCAGACUAGUGCAACUGAGAAAGCUCUCCAAGAUACGGCUGAGGAGCUUAAGGAGGACCAAGAUGCACUAAAACAAGAGCAAGAAAAUCUUGAGGAAGCUCAGGACAAAUUAGACUCCACACAGAAGGAAGUUGAGGCUAAAGAGCACAAUUUAGAGAAAGCUGAGAACUCUUUAAAAAAUGAAGAAAAUAAAUUAGAGGAGGAGAAAGAAACUGUUGAGGACCAGAAAGAAGAGUUAGAAAAUGAAGAAAAAGAAUUAAAUCAACAAAAGAAGGAUCUUGACUCUGAAAAAAGUGAUUUAGAUAAGGCAAAAGAUGAUUUAACUACUGAUCAAAAGAAUCUUGAUACUCAAAAGGAAGAACUAGAUAAUCAGAAAAAGGACCUGGAUCAGCAACAGAAAGAUCUUGAUGACCAACAAAACAAGUUAGAAGAAGAACAAAAGGCUCAAAAUGAGGCCUCAACUUAUGCCAAUGAGGCCGGUUCCAAGUUAGAUAAACCUACUGAAAAUAACAAUGCACAGGCAAAUGGUCUAAACAACUUACAGCCGGUCGCGUCUCCCUUGGUGAACGGGAGUCCGGAGGGUGUGGUAUCUUCUAAGGCGCUUGUCGAUAAUAGUUCAGUGCCUUCUUGCGACACUCCAACCGAUGAAGUCGAUAAAGCUUACGAGUCUCAAGGUGAAGUGCAAAAUACUACUGCUGAUACUAAUAAUACAUCUACUCCCUCUACUUCUGAAGAAGCUCCUACUGAAGACAAUGAGUCUGAAGCUGAAAAUAGCGAAGAAUCAGAAUCUACCGAAUCAACGGCCACAGAAUCUAAAGAGGAGUCUGAACCUCAAACAGUUACUAAAUCGGAGGAAGCUAAAGAAAAUAGCGAAUCCGAAGAUCAAGAAAAUUCACUAAAAAAUGAGUCAGAGGAUUCUGGCUCUACGGAGGAUCAAGAUGAAGGCGGUGAAGCUGAAUAUGAGGAAGACCGUGAAGAGGAGGAAGGUGAAUCUAAAACCACCCAAAAGAAAGAAAAAACCGAUGAAAAUGCUGAAACUGACAAAAAACCCGAGGGGGAACAGGUUAAAGAUGAAGUAUAAUAGUAUCGCUAAAAAAUUAUUUUAUGUUGUCUUUGCUGAAUGUAAGCUCGUUUAACUGUGUCAACAGUUUCUAUAAUUUAUUAUCAUUUUUA